AUUAGCAUUCAAUACGUAUAGCAGACCUCGAUACAUAUUUUACGCGUACCAAGACGUUGAUGGUCGUUCGUUGUGCUCCCGGAGAAGAAGAAGAAGAAAGGGCAAGUGCGGCUCUCAGCGCCAGAAACACCACUUACCGCCCGCCAAGAUCAUACUCAACUCAAUAUAUCCUCUGAAUCCUGACUCCCCGCCUCUACCACCCGAUUUUCCCGAUCGCGCGGCAUGUACGCUCCAAACCACCAGCAGGCCCACAACGCGCGCCUAAAUGGCGUUCCCAGCAAUCGCGGCAUGGCGCCGCAAAUGAUAUACAACUUUGUCCAACCCCAGGGCGCUCACCAGCCACAUGCCCAUCCGCAGCAGCAUCAUCAUGCCCUACCCCAGGAUCAUGCUGCCCAUACUGCCGCGUCUGGUACCAUCAACCACUCGGCCUUCUCCUCCGGCCUGAUGUCGAGUGUCACGCCUUUCACGCCAAGUAGCCACCAGAACGGUGCUGCCCCGGGCUCUCGCGGUGGCCAAACGCAGUCAUUCAGCGAACACUGGAACGAGCAGCUCAAAUCGUUGAAGGAGUCCGAGCGUGCCCACGCUACCAUGACAGAGCAGCAUCAGCCGCACUACUUUGCCCGGCUUCGGGCCAAUGAGAAUAAGGGCAUCGGUUUGGCCCUCCCAAACGCGGCCUCUGCUGAGACGGCAGUCGACGGAGAACUGGAGGAUAGGGGCCGGCCCGUUAAUGUCGACAAGGCCCUAGAUCGGCAAGACUGGUUCAACAUAGAUUUCAGUGGACAAGGGCUUAAGAACAUCUCAAUAAUGCUGUUCGACAACUACGCGUUCCUCACAGAAAUUUAUCUCGCGUCGAACAACCUCACACACUUGCCACGCGAGAUAGGCCAACUUCGUUCCCUUAAGCAUCUCGACGUAUCGCAUAACCGGUUGACAAGCCUACCUCCGGAACUCGGCAUGUGCACUCCCCUUAAGCAGCUGUUGCUGUAUAACAAUCUCAUACAAACGAUACCCUCAGAACUCGGUGCUCUACAUUUUUUAGAACUUCUCGGUAUCCAGGGAAAUCCUCUAGAACAUGAACAGAAGCAGAGGCUGAUGGAGGAGGGCACCAAGGCCUUAAUUGCCCACCUGAAGGAGCAAGCUCCAGUGCCCAUGCCGCCCAAUCCCCGAGCCUUGAUCCCCAUCCAAGAGGACGUGGGGUCGGAUAAGGAGCAUAUCCGCGUCAUGUCGUGGAACACCCUUUGUGAUAAGUACGCCACGAGCACGCAGUAUGGCUAUACCCCUGCUAGUGCUCUGUCCUGGGAGUACCGAAAGGAGAGCAUAAUGCGAGAGUUCCGGGAGAGGGACGUGGAUAUUCUCUGUCUCCAGGAAACCGCCAUGGACGCAUUCAACGACUUCUUCACGCCCGAGCUCGCCAAGCAUGGUUACGAGGGUGUGUUCUAUCCCAAAACCAGGGUCAAGCAUCUUACCGGGAAGGACCAGCAGUCGGUGGAUGGCUGUUCGAUAUUUUAUAAAAGCGAGAAGUACAUCAUGUUGGACAAGCAACUGGUCGAUUUCCGACAGACUGCCAUCAAUCGGCCGGAUAUGAAAAUGGCUGACGACGUGUUCAACCGGGUCAUGCCCAAAGAUACUAUUGCUGUCUACUGCUUUUUCGAAUCCCGGUUCACAGGAAAUCGUUUCAUCGUCGUGAACGCCCACCUCUGCUGGGAAUCUUUCCUGGCCGAUGUCAAGGCCGUGCAGACGGGUAUCUUGAUGGAGCUAGUGACGAAGCAGUCGGAGAAAUACACGAGGAAACCGCCGCUCCCCAUGAGCGAGAAGAUAUUACCCAGGAGCGAAUCGUCGGAUGGGGAUUCUGGUGUUCCUGCGGCUGAAUACCCCGAGCCGGCCCCCAGCCAGGAGUACCGCAACAAUACCGAUAUCCCCCUGCUAGUCUGCGGUGACUAUAACUCCAUGGCGGAUAGCUCCGUUUACGAGUUGCUAGAGAAAGGUCGAAUCCCCCCUGAUCACCCCGACCUGGUAGGCCACUCGUACGGAAAUUUUACCCGAGACGGCAUUGAACACCCCUUUAGCCUACGCAACGCGUACGCGCAUCUCUUUGGCACAUCAGACGAGCUCACGUUUACCAAUUACACUCCGACAUUUUCUGGUGUAAUCGACUAUAUCUGGUAUACUACUAACACAUUGGACGUGGUCGAGCUGCUGGGUCCUCCGGACUACGAAUACCUGAAGCGUGUACCGGGGUUUCCCAAUUACCACUUUCCUGCGGACCAUAUCCAGAUUAUGGGCGAUUUUGUUUUUAAAUCUCGGAAGGAGAAGAAGGUGGCCGCCGACCAGGACAGGUCAGGCGGUUCCUCGAGGUCGUGAAUACGGCCGGGCCGAUCGAGAGACGUGCUGGGUUGCUGG